AUGUCUAACAAGAACAACAACAACAACAACAACAACAACGCAUCGUCCAAGAGUUCGGAUGCCCCUGAGCAGCCAUCUCAAGUUGGCCCAUCUGGAUCACUUUCGCAGAAUACACAGCCACAGGGCAAUGUGCAGCCAACAACAAAUGAGACGAACAACACUCAAACAGCAGUAGGCGGGUUUGAGAACCUACCCAUCAAGCCCGACGGACCCCCCUGGAACCCGCUCAAUCCGAACCGGGCUCUCAAUCCAUUUGACACGCCGACGGACACAGAAGACCCAAUGUACAUUGACACCUCAGGCAAUGGAGGAGGUUCAAACAACGGAGGAGGCUCAAGCAAUUGA